AUGAGAACCAGCAGCGGAAACGCAGGCGUGUGGCGCAUCCAAGGGCCAGGAGGACACGGCAAAACAAAUGUCAUGCGUGCGUUCAUAAGCAAAGCUGCAUCCAUGGGCAAACGUGUGACUGUUUGUGCAACCACGGGAAAAGCUGCAAAAUUCCUGGGCAUGGGAGCAAUGACAGCACAUUUCGCGUUUGGCUUUCGAGGCAGCCAAUGGAUACCCCUGACCAACCGAUACAUGCUCAUGUUCUUGGCCAUGGCUGAUGUCAUUUGUCUACAUGAAAUCAGCAUGGCCAAGGCCGCAUUCCUGCAGCAGCUGCACCAACGCUGCUUGGAUGCUUGCCCCAAUCUACCAACCAACCUUCCUUUUGCGGGAAAACUAAUACUGCUUGGUGGUGACAAGCACCAGCUGGCCGCCGUGUGUGACCAUAAGUGUGACGAAGAUGCAUACACCAGCCAUAUAGGUGGGCCAUGUGGAACAUGUUUCAAGAAAUUCAUCUAGGAACAUAUCACCGACAAAAUCCCAAUAAUCAGGCAUGGAUUGACGCACUCAAUGUGAUCAGGGUAGGGCCUCCAAGCGAGCCCAUCCUGGCACUUUUGCAGUAAACGCUUCCCAUAACUUCGUUGCACCCAAAAAAUCAUGGCACAUUGCUGGAACAAAUGAAGAAAUCAACAAGUAUAACCAAGAUAUGGCACACACCCACUUUCAACAACAACUGCAGCAUAUUACAGCUUAUCUGUACAAAGCAAUGCAAGACCAAGGCGUGCUCUUAGAUCACCUUUACCUCGCUCCCGGGAUGACGGUCAUGGUUACCAAGAACCUGUCGGCCCCAAAAAUCGAAAACGGUGCUUUAGCUAUCGUGCAAGACAUCACCGAAUCCAUGCUGUCACUCCAGCUUUUGGACUCCCAAACCAUAAUCCGCCUGCCAAGGAUAUGCGAGGUGAAAUACAAGAAUGGUGCCAAGCUUGAACACAAAAUGUUCCCGGUCGUGCCUGCUUUUGCAAGAACUGUACACAAGGUGCAGGGCGAAACCAUAACGGAUCCCGUCAUUAUUGACUGUACAAAAAUGAACCGACUAGGGCAAGCAUAUGUAGCACUGU